GAGAUGAUGUAAUGUGGAAGCACUGAAUUUAAAGGCAGGGCAGAGAGAGAGUUAGAUUGCUGCAGCUUUCACUCCUACUGGGAGUCAACGAGUUUGUUUCAAGUGUCUUCUGGAGCGACAGUUGCAGUUUAAAAAUGCCACAUCCUGUGACCCUCUACGGACCGUCACCUUGGGGCUUUAGAUUAGUAGGGGGCAAAGACUAUAGUCAGCCUCUAACUAUCUCCCGGGUUACCCCUGGAAGCAAGGCAUCCUCAGCUAACCUUUGCCCUGGUGAUGUUAUUGUGGCUAUCAAUGAAGACAGUACAGAGAAUAUGAACCACCUGGAUGCUCAAAACAAGAUCAAGGCCUGCACAGACCAGCUCACCCUUUCCAUUAACAGGGUGGAGAACAAAUCCUGGUCCCCAAAUGGUUUUGAAGAUGGAAACUCCCAUCCUUUCAAAGUUGAUGUGCAGUCGCAGUCACAAGAUUACAGACCCAUUGGAAGUUCAAAUAACAGAAAGCCAAUGCCUUUUGCGGUUGGUACAAAUAUAACUGAAGCCAAGCAGUCAGCAAGUACGCAGUACAACACUCCUGUUGCACUCUAUACUAACGACAAUGUCAGUCACGGUUUACAGAAGCAACUGAGUGGUCUUCAUGUUACCUCUCCUCAGCACACUGAUCCACCAAAGUUAUCACCAAAGCUGUGGAAUGAGGUUGACACUGAAUCAGAUGUUUAUAAGAUGCUUCAGGAUGGUGAGGAGCCAGCUUCAGAACCUAAACAGUCUGGAUCUUUCAAAAUACUACAGGGCCUGCUGGAAGCAGAGCAGACAGGUGAGAAAAGUGAAAGGCCAGCUAUCACCAAAAGUGUAAAAUCUCCAGUAACAAAGUUCAACAGUUCUGCACCCACACUACAAAAGUUACCUCAGUGCACUAGAUGUGAGACUGGCAUAGUUGGUGCUGUUGUUAAGGCACGAGAGAAGUUGUACCACCCAGCAUGUUUCAUGUGUUCUGAUUGUGGAUUAAACCUGAAGCAGAAAGGCUACUUCUUCAUCGAAGAGCAACUAUACUGUGAGACCCAUGCAAAAGCAAGAGUGCAGCCUCCAGAGGGAUAUGAAGUUGUAGCUGUGUAUCCCAAUUCCAGAGUAUAAGCUUUAAACAUGUGCCUUCUGGAUUUUUUAUAUUUAAAAAGAAUUUAAAAAGUUUUGUGUUUUUUUUUCCUUUUUGAGAUCUGAAUUCUGAAUGAGACUGCGUGCCAUAACUUAAAUUUCAGUCGGUAUCCGAGCCAUACCUAGAAGCAGAAAAGCCACACGUGCAGAACUGAUUAUUUGUUACUUGUUUCAAAUUAGGCUGCAUCAUAAAUCUUUAGCAAAAGACUUCAAAUGAAUAGUGGUAUUGAAAAAAAUAAAAACUGAAAGAACUGCAAAUAUCAUAAGUCAGAAACAAACAGGAAAUUCUGGAUUUGCUCAGCAGGUCUGUUGGCAUCUGUGGAGAGAAAUCAGAGUUAACGUUUUGGGUCGAGUAACCCUUCCUAAAACCUAGAUCCAGGGAAGUGCUACACCACCCAAAACGUUAACUCUGAUUUUUCUUCUCAGAUGCUGCCAGACCUGCUGAGCUUUUCCAGUGUUGAACACAUUUGCAAAGAUUACCAGUCUGAAAUCAAGUAACUUGAUCAUGUAUCUUUUUAUUUUGUGAAUUCUAUUUACCCGACUCCCUUCAGUCCUUGGUUGUCCUCUGCUGCUGCACUGCCGGGAGCAAUCCUGCUCUGAUACAUCAUCCAGCAAUGUCCAUUCCUUAUGCCUGACUUAAAAUUAUGGUAUAAUAUGUCUUUGUUGGAGAAGACCUUGUGGCCAAGCCUGAAACCGGUCCAAGAUCUAUGCUAGCACUUUCCAGCAGUGAAGUUGCUUUAUUGUAACAAGAGCAAUAAUUAUUGGCUGAUUUUUCCUUUCCUUAAUCUGGAAUGAAGUAGCAUUGUGCCACUCUUGCUUUAGGAACUGAAUUUGGGAGCUUGUGUUUUUCUCUGAAUUCAAUAUCUUUUUUUUUUAGGCAAAAUUCUGCUUCUGUAAAAUGAGCAUUUGGUCAGAUCUGUUGUUUUCAUUCAGUUUAAGCCAAAAGCUCAGACCAAAUUUAUGGCACAGAAUGUUCUUUAAAGUUGUAGCUUUUGUUUUUUCAGAAGUGUUACUGAAUAAUACCUUUCACAUGGCUGUAUUCCCAUAUCUAGGCAGAAAUGUUUGGUUAUUUUGAAGCAAACAUAUACAGGAAAAUGUUUAUUAAUAUAUCUGCAAGAUCUGGUGGUGUGUUCGUUAUGGCUAGAAUAUAAGUGAAAUAAAUUCUGGUAAUGAGGUAGAAGAAAGCAGAUAUAGUUUGCUUUUUUUGAUGACUGUAGUGUUUUAGACAAACAUCUACAAUGGGCUGCAUUCUUUCUGAUGAGCACUGCUUACAUCAAGGAACUAAUCAUAUUGAUUUUUCACAUAACAAUUGUCUGAUGUAUUUCUUUUGUUCAAUUGGAUUGCACAGGAACUAAAUUUCAUAUUGUACUUUAUUGAAACUUAAUAUGGAUAGUUUUAGCCUUAAUAUUGGACUUUUUGUUUCUUGUUUAACUAACUGUGUAUGUUGUGAUACACUAAAUGGUUUUUACCUGAUUUUUCAGCAAGGAGGUGGGGAUGAGGGCUGUGGCUGGUGGUGCGGUGGUGAAGAGCAUUGUUCAUUGUCUCUGUGUACCCAACUAGUUGACUUAAACCUAAUCACUUUGUGUUUUAAUAUCCAACCCACCAGUUGACCAAGUGAUAUGCAGUGGGAUCCUAGUUAGAUUCUUGUCGUGCUGAGAAUAUUUAAUAAAGCACAAAAAGAAUAGCGUUGAAGUAGGCAGCAAGUAGGAACUAAAUUGAGAUUGACUUUCUGCCAAUUAAGGUAGUGUAGAAAGUUUUACAUUGUGUAUAUUAAAAAUUGAAUCAAGGAAAUUGCCAUCACCAGGCGGAAUGAGAUGGGCAUGACCAGGAAUAUUGCUGCUGAACAGUAUAGCCUGUUCCCUGCUGGAAGUUCUGUUAGUAAUUUCCAUUUGGGCCUGAAUAAUUUGCAGCAGCUCAUUUCAAGUGAAUGCCUCAUUUCUUACACAUGCUGUAUUGUCAACAAGGGCAUUUUAAUUGCCUCAUUUUCCUGAUGUUUGGCUGGAAGUACUUUUCGCUGCAGGUAAAAGCCAAACCUUUAAGGGACUCAAGAUUGUAUUUUAGGCCAAUGCUUUUUGAAUUCAUUUCUAAAAUAAAUUUCUAUAGUUUUGGAAUUUUUUUCCUUUUUUCUGUUUAUAUCAGACCAUGAGGAAGGGAAGUUUGUCACAAGAUAAAUGACAACAUAAAUGCCACAGAAAAAUAAAUUUAUGGAGAAAAGGUUUCCAUUGGACUGCAGUGAUGAUCUGCAGCACAUAGCUUUCUGACUGACUUCAUUAUAACUUUUUUACUGUUCUUUACUUCAUCCAUGAUUCUGAAAUCUGUUGAGAAACUACUAAUCCUCAUCAGUGCCUAAUCUUUUACUUGCUUUUCUUUGUGUUUUAAUGGUUCAUUUGGAUUCCCUGCUAAAAAUUGCUAUGCAAAACCAUCCAAAUGCCUUUUGAGCAGUGAUUGUGGGGUAUGCAAAUUUGUACUGAGACCUAGCUCUUAAAGGGACAUCAACUAAAAUGUUAGCUGCUUAAUUCAUCUAUUGCUUGCAUGAUAUUUAAUAUUGUCUGGUGUUGUGCUUGAAUGUAUGUAGGUAGUGGAAGGAGAAAGCGAAUGAGUGUGAUUAGAGAUGGAAAAUAAAGUCCGUGCUUUGGAAAAUCAGUGACUUCGUAUAUUCCAUAGUCUCUACACGUUUCAGUGACAAUUUCCAGCUGGUUUCUUUUGAAUUGGCUUGAGAGCUUUUGUAUUAAAGUACCCUACUUUCAACCAUGUUUCUCUUGGUUACUUAUUUUGUUGCAGAGAAGUAGAGCUGAAAUAAUGAAAGUACCUGGAGAAAACAUGUGGGACUGAAUCUUAUAGGUGCCUGAGCAAUUAGGCUUUGGUAAUGUUUCUGGCAGAUUUUGACAAAGUCUAGCAAGGCCUGUCUUGACAUCGGGAGCAACUCGUAUCCUCUUGCAUUUGCCAAGUAGUGUAACAAGUUUUUCACCAAGCAAUGGUGAUUUGAGGGGAAUUAGCUUGUUAAAUGACUUAUUAAUGCUGUAUCUCACUUCAUUAAUAUUCCACUUCCUAUGUUACCAACAUGCCACGCAAGCUGGACACAACAAAUUCUCAACAUGGAGAUCUGAACGGGCACUGUCUACUUCAUCUUACCACUGGCAGUGACCAGCUUCUGUGUUGCUUAGCAAUGAAUGGCAUCUCAGGGCAGGAGCACAGGCAGCAAUUACCCACAAUCCUAAUCUGUGGACAUUGCCAUCUGACAUUUGCCAACCCCUCACAGCCAUCAUGCCAUCUCUCCGAUCAACUUGCAGACUGCCUCGGAAGCACAGGCACUCAUUGCAGGAUCAACUGACAACUAGCAUUGAAAGCCUACAGUGGGAACACUUUGUGCACAGAGAUAGGCAGCAAGCUUACAGAAUGGAGCAGGCUGCAUCUUGGGUCACACAGUUGUUAUCUCAGUGCUCACUCACUCACUGCCUACCUGGGCAUAUGAGGCUAAUGGCCAAGUGCUGUUUUUAAGAAAAAGUAUAGAAUAGUUAGGUUUUUUAAACCUGGGGAUUCAAUUGACCGAAAUGUCUUUAUUUCAUGUUAUAGAUCUUGAAUGAUAAGGCUGAAGGUGCAGUUCUGCUGUUUGCAUCAUUCUGUGGAGCGCCCUUCAGUGUCAUCAGGGUGGUGUACCACAUUAUCUUGGUUUUGUGUUCUGCACUGUGGAAUCAGGAAGCAAUGCAAUGUGAUCGAUGCUGAACCAGGGGAAUGGGAGCAAUUUCCGAAGGAGAAAAAUGAGGUUGUGGAGUUGGAAGAAUAUGAUGUUGUGCAUGACUAAGCUCAGCUACAAGCCUGGCAGGACCCGAUUUGACAUGAAUUUUUAGUAGCUAGAAGCUGGGUGCUGAAGGUCAUGAAAUACAAAACAGUCUUUGCUGACUAAAUGCUGGCAUAAUAAUCAAAGUAAUGAUCAUUUGUGGGGGCAAACUGCAGCCUCUAUUGGUUUCAGCUGUGUUCAUUUAUAUGUAAUUUUCCAAAGAUUACUGGUAUUGAUUUCCUCCCACUGGACUUUGAGAAGAGACAGCUGCCCAGUGGACAUUUUGGGACAGAGUAAUGAUGACUUAGCAAGAGUAUUUAGAAGGAAUAUAGCUAAAGACAAGUAAAUUGGAUAGUGCAGUGUUUAAAUUGUGGUGAGGGCGAGAGGUUUGGUUUGUAUAUGAAGCAGUGUUAAGAGUGCUGGCUGUGGUCCAUGAGCUUUGUGAUUGCUGUGCUAUUAUCCAAUCUGUGACAGGCAAUGCCAGAUUGCCAAAGCUUGUCCAAGUGCACAGUAGUCUUUUAGAGGUGGCACAGGUUCAAGAAAUGUCAGUGUUUCAAAUGUGAGUGGCAAGUUGUUCUAGUACAAUAUGUGGUAAGAUUGGAAUAGAAUUUUCAGUGUGACAUGCCUAGCCUGGGCUAAGUAGUUGAAGUAUCGUUUGGUAAGAUACGUAAGCAAUAUGCCCCCAAAAAAACUUGAUUCAUUUCAUUUGCAAUUGUUUAGCCAAAACAAAAUAAGAUUCAGCCCAUGAUGUUUAUGUACUAAACGCUGAUAUGAAUGAAAGUUGUAAGGUUUGUGGCUUGUGUUUGCUGCUACUUUAUUGAAAAUACAAUGCCGUGACUUUUUAAACAUAGGCUGGUAAACUGACAUCCAGAUUAAUUUUGAGGCCUCAUCCUGUGUACAACCUGAGUUGUUGUUUGUUGUUGUUUUGCUCAUGGUACCAAGUUCCAGUGGAAAAUAGCUAAUUGGCCGGGUGGCAGACUUGGGUCCCAAUUGGUGGCUCUGGUAUCUCUGAAGUGAGAAUUGCUAACCUGGCCCUAGGAGCCGAAGAAGAUGGUAGCCGUGCUUCAACACUGUUUCCUUUUAUUUUUCCCUUCCAUCACCUGCUCCCCAGCCAGCCCCUUGAAAAUACAGCACUAUAAACCAGAGGAAUCAGAAUUUGUUGCUACUGGGACUGCUAUAUUGAAUGUCUUCCCCCACUAGGUCCCAGGCUGUGGCGUUAUGAUCUAUUAUUUUAUCCUGAUUUGGUUUUCGUAACUAGGUCUUCUGUGGUGAGAACAGCAUUGGCAUAAUCUCCAUGCUGGCUCAUCCCAAGUACUUAGAGUGACUUGACUUUGCUUCAUUGGCAUUCCAAUGCACUAACCACAAUCUUAUUGCUCACACUUCAUACAGCGUAUUUUUGUUUUACUGUUAUAGAAAAUUCAAGAGCUUAGGGGCUCCUUUGCCCCAUUUGUAGUAGUAGUUUUGAGGGGGAAAAACUUCUCAGAAGAAUUGAAUAUGCUUUCCUACUGGAUGCUCUGGAGACUAGCUUAAUUAGGUGUAUGCAUAGCAAACUCCUGAAAUAUAAUGUGCCAGUCAUUAAAAGCUUGGCCUUAAGAGAAACUUCUGCUGCUUUAACACAGGAUUUUUAUAGACAGACAGACUGACUGACGGACUGUAAUUAUUGUAAGCUUUAUUUGCUGCCUAUCACUUUUUUUGCGCAAGAGUGGAACUAGGGUUGAAAGGUUUUUUUUAUUAAAAGUGCCUCUGAUAGUCUUGUGGAACUAAGUGAUGCAUUUGAUGGUUGUAAACCAUUUUAGUUUAGGCAUAAUAAUUCCGGUGUUUUUACGAAACGAGUUGCAAUAUAUUUGUAUAAUAUCAGCAUGUUGUAUGCCCCCUCCAGUUAACUGCCUGCCAGCAUUAUAGACAGAUGUAUGUUAGUAAAGAAUGUAGUUACAGGCUGGCCAGCAAAGUACAAGUUCAUCUGAAUGCUGUCAGAUUCCCUCUGCUGGAUUAGCACUUAAGACAUUAGCAGCAUUCUGCAUUAUAUUUCUCCCUGCUAAAGAUGAAUAAAAUAAGCUCUUAAAAGUGUUAAAAUGUACACUAGAUCAAUGGAUGAGAGAAAGUGAAGUCAGUGUGAUGGACGAUAUAAAUCACGUGUUGACAGUAUUCCAGACAAAAGAUUACUUUAAACGACAAAUCAAUUAUCUCCUUUCUUUCAACAUGAGAUAUUUAGUAUGCAUCUCUGACUUUUAAAGUGAUGGCUCCUUUAAAAAUCAAGGUUUUCCACUCAAGUAGGAUCUUAUUAGAUUUGACUUGCACAAGCAGUUAGUACCAUUGACUGAAUUAAUGCUUUAGUCUGGAAUCAAAUCUGUUAAUAUACUUGGUUACAGAAUAUUGUUUUCUCGCAUCUUUUGCUAAGAAAUUACAUAAUUGUUAGUGAUGACUGCUAGAAUAAAACUAAAAUUUGGGGAAAUUAACCAUUCCUGGAACUCCAUUCCAGCAUCUAAAAGGUAGAAUUUUCAAUACUUUUUUUUAAACAUAUUGCUGACAGGAUUUGAAAGGACGUAGUUCAUAGCCAACUAGCUGGCUGUAUGCAGAGAUAUGAACAAUUCUCCUGCAUACAUACAGCACACAAAAAAGUAUGCACCUUGGGAAAGAAAAAUUGAUAAUUUAGUUUCAAUACAUUUUUCUGUAUUUUGUCAAAAUCAUGUAAAUCUGGGUGAUUUAUAACAUUUUUGGUCAAGAAGACAGUCUGACUAAUUUUCAAUAUGUUAACAAUUUCCCAAAAUUUUGCUGAUUUUUAAAUUAACGCACCAUUUUCCUUCAACCUUUAUUAGCAGGAAAUUGGUCUGCACAGCAGUGAUGUGUAAAUAGAGCCAAGGUUUACAAAUGCUUGUCAAAAAUUCUGUAACUCAAUUUGCAAAGUUGUUGCACUAUGCCAAAACAUCAGAUUUUCUGCCAGCUUUGUACAGAAUAGUCAUUUUGCAUUAAGUAACUGAAUUCCAUGUGUGUGACUAUAUUUACCACCAGUUACUAGAGACAUGAGUUUUGUUCUGUUUCUUGCAACAACUCCUCGUUUAUGAUUUCAGAUGGCAAUUAUACUGUAUGCUGUGUUCUUGUAUUUUACAACAUUUGUGAUGUAAUCUACAUGCAUUCCUAGUUCAAGUUUAAAACUAGCUUCUGAAUAAUCUUUUACAGCUUGUUACAGAAUAUUGUUUUCUUCCAUCUUUUGCUAAGAAAUUACAUAAUUGUUAGUGAUUACUGCUAGAAUAAAACUAUA